AUUCGCAAAGCGACAAAACAUGGCCGACGCCGCGGCGGAGAAGAUGGUCCUGGACGCGAUGUUCGACAUCAAGUGGGACUUUGCGAAAUGCAACUACAACAGGUGCUUGCGCCUCGCCGACCUGCGCUGUCCCAAAUGUGUCGGCGAAUUCUACUGCCAGGAGCACAAGAAGAAACAUUUGAAAGCUCGUCAUGGGAAGAAGGAACUCGACGACUACGGCGCCAAAAUCUGCGAGAAUUGCACGAACUUCAAGAUCGAGUUCUACUGCAUGUCCUGCAAGCGAUACAUGUGCUACAAGUGUGUUAACGGCCAUCUCCAUCCCGUGUAUCCUGUGUCUGACGCGCGGGGCUUAUGCAACGCCAAACUCUCAUGGAACAAUGCGUUCCUCGCCGAUGUAUCCAAGUUCAUGGUUCAAUACAAGAACGACAUGCCGCUGCGGUCGACUUCGCAGCCCCCGAAGCAACCCGCGGCCCCGAAGACACCAACUCCCCCCCCGUCCGCUCCCAUCCAACAACCUUCGCCAUCGCCACCCGCCACAACCCCCGCUCCGUCCAGUGUCACUCCCCAACCCCCCCAUGAUCCGCGGAAACAAACGCCGUCCGCCCCGCCAAACAAGCCGCGCGACCCGCGGCAGCCCAUCGUCAAGCAAGAACUCGUCCAACCGCCCCCCCCAGCCUCCGUGCCCCCCCCCGUGGCUGUGCAACGCCCCGUCAAAGCCGAAACGUUGCCAAGCAACCCCCUGGACGUAUUGGCAAACCGCGGCGAAGACAAGGAAUUCAUCACGUCGGCGUCAUUGACCAACUUGACGUUGCCUCAUGUUGGGGACAAUUACUUGAAGGGCGUGAUGCUGGACAACUAUAACAAGUCCAACAACGAAGCUGACCGACUGGAUAAGGCGAUUCGAAAGCUUGAAAAAGAGGCGCGGGAAAAUGUAUCGUCUCGGUCGAUGCAGAUGGCGCUGCAGGCCGUGAACCAGCGCAGCGAGCUCCAGCGGUUGCUUGAAGGCGUGUUCCAGCACCGCGACGAGGCCGUCGCCCAAGUGAUCGUGUACGACCCGCCCGUGCUGGCCUCGUACGACGCCGCCCAGGACCCGUCGCAUCCGUCGUUCAAACAGACGGUCACGAGCGCGCUGACGUUGCGCGUGGUGUCGCUUAAGCAUGGCAUGUGCGCCAAAGUGGAGCUCAAAAUCCAGGCGCAGCUCAGUCAGUGGGUCCACAUCCAGAAUCAGAUGGACGCGGCGGUCGCGACCCAUGACCUCGCCGCCGCCGAGGCGCUCCAGGACAAACUCGAACCGCUUGAAGCCGAAAUGUGCAAACUCGACGCCGAACGCGCCAAACACUUUGUGGAAAUCGCCGCCCUCACGGAACGAGUGCGCACGUUGGUGCAGCAGUACCGUGACAACAACCAAGGCUAACACCACCAUCGCAGGAGUCGAGAUGGAUAUAUAUAUAUAUAUAUAUAUGU